AUGGAGAUUUCCUACGCUGACUUGAAGGAUUGUUUCGUUAAAAUUGAUUUAUGGAAGAAACACAGACUCAGCUUAAACACACUCCACGCUACCAGAUUCUUAACAUUUCAAGAUGUUAUAGAAAGCAAGUCAAAUCUUACGCUGUCGUUGGAAAUCCCAGUCCCUAAAAAUGUGAAUGAAACCGAGGGUAACUCCGUUGUCACAGAGGAUACUGAGAGAAAAAUACCACUCCAUAAACUAAAUGUAGUAAUGCUCUUGGAGGAAAUCUUUGAUUUCACGUUUAGGUUUAUGAACUGGUCCUUCACUCCAUCAGCGCAUCUCCCAGCGCAUUUAAAAAACGCGCCUAAAAAUAUAAAAGUCUCAGUUAUCAGAGAGAUUGGAAAGGGCUGGGACAGUAAGUGGGCUAACAUUUCCAACGACGACUACUGGCCUUCGGCCGGUGAUUUUAAGUACAGAGGCACCAUCCGACACAUGAAAAUUUCAUACUUUCAAGUUAAAGUUUAUUGUAUCAGCAGGAAGUUUUGGAGGAGAACCACGACACUGCUUGGGACUUGUGUUAUCUCACUCAGGUCAGUGAGGGAUUAUCCCCUGGUAAGAGGAGCAGUUAAAAAACUAGCCCAAGGCGCUGAUCAAAUGCAAAGUGGGAUAAUCCAGGGAAAUGUGGAAUGUUACAUGAGCAGUGUGGACAUGAACGAGUACGACGUGAAUCAAAAUAGACCCGCGCAGCCCAUCUCAGGAUCCUCACUCCUGACACAUUUAGACAAAAGUUACAGAUACUUAGUCAUAAGGAUUGUCAGAUGUGAAUCUUUGCCCUCGACUAAUACUGACACUAAUUCCUCAGAUCCCAUGGUUAAGGUCAGAUGGGACGGGAUUGUCAAUUGUACACCCACCCUGGAGUCCACUACCGGCCCAGUGUAUAAUCAUAAUAUGUACUUCCCAAUCCAUUUAGUAGACGAAGCUGAGACGAGAAACCCGCACCUUAUCUUAAACUUCUUACCGGUGGAUUUGUUAUCCAAGGGUCCUGUGGUCAUGGAGGUCUGGGACGGCGAUGACACUUCUACUGAAUUUCUAGGCGGUGUGGAAAUUCCACUAUCGCGCCUAUUCCUAAACGGGACAGAGACUAAAAAAACCCUAGUGGAUGGGAUUUACAAUGAAGGCUCGAAACACGGCUUAGGUGACGAGGAAACUCAUGAGGCUGGUGAGCCAGUGUUAUACUCUGGAUUUUCCAACGAUGUUAACGUGGAACAUGAGACUCUUGUGUAUAGAGAUACUCUCACGUUAACAGGGUUUACAGUGCCGCACAGAGGCUCUAAACCUACAAUUACCUUUGAAAUGUACAUUCUCCCGCCAAUGCCCAGGGGCCUAACAUUCCCAAAUGAUCAAAAGAGACAAGUUAAAUCCGACACUUGCAGAGACUUAGCCAGACGCUGGGAUCGGGAAUUUGAAACCUGGCAGAAAAUGUAUAAAGAUCAGACUUUAUCAACAUUUCCCUAUAGACGGUUUUUAACCACGACAAACGCACUUAAAAUGGAAAUCUCAGGCUCGGAAGUUCCGCUUUCAUGUUUUGUCACGCCGAUACAAGUGCCGUCUCAGUUAUCAAGGCCUGGAAUGCUCUUGCACUGGAUUUCAAAUUUUGCGCUUAAAGAUGACUCAGUAGACACUGUGGGAGAGCUAAGGAAAAUUGAUAACUGGCAAACUCCUUCCAGAUUCCUAACUACGAGAAAGGGCGGCCUUCAUGACAGGGCCAUUUUACUCUGCAGUUGUCUGCUGGGGAUUAAUUUUGACGCGUACGUCUGCAAGGGCACAAUUAAAAACGGAACUGUUGAACACUGCUGGGUCAUGACCAGGCACUCAGAUUCCACAGUCUCAUUUUGGGAAACUGGAAAUAAGAAAAUCUGGCACCUUCCCAAGCGCUGGCGAGUGCCCAAGGAAGACUCCGACGGCUUUGAAGAUUUAAAUCCAAACUUAGUUCCUUUGGAUAACUAUCAAAACAUUCCCUUUGAACCGGUUAAUUUGCAGCAGCUUCAAGAGACAAAUAAAACUCACGGGCUCACAAAGUAUGAAAUGUACGGAAACGACUACGUACCUGACCAGAGAGUUGAUUUAGACGCGCUACUCCACAAACAUGACAAAGUUAACUUUGACACCGCGCUAAGAGAUCAACUAACCAAAACUAUACUUGACAAUCCCGAAACCAAACAAAAAUUCGCCAAAACACUCAAACAACUUAAACCCAAACAGGAGUUGAUGGUGCCGUCUGAGACGUUGGUUCACUUGCCGUAUUCGUCGAUUGAGACGGUGUUUAACAACAGGCAGGUUUGGGGGAAUAGGCAGAACCAUCACCCGUCAUGUAUUUUAUACGAUUUGGAAGAUGAACAGCAGUGGAAACCGUUCCUCAAAGCACCCCUAGAAGAUGAAUUAACCCAAUACCUACAAAUCACACCACCACCAACUCUCCACAAAUGGUAA